AUGUAUCCCCAUGGCGCGCCCAUGCCGCCUCCCCAGAAGCCAGAGACCUUCAUGCUAUCAAACGAAGCCCAGCAGAGCCUGCCGCAGGAUGUACAGGUCGCUCUACAGCAGGUUGACAACCUCAAAUACUUCCUCAUCUCCGCUCCAGUAGACUGGACGCCAGAUCAGCUCAUCAGACGAUUCUUGCUACCCACCGGCGAUUACGUCUCAUGUGUCCUAUGGAACAAUCUUUUUCAUAUCUCCGGCACCGACAUUGUCCGCUGCCUCUCCUUUCGAUUCCAGGCAUUCGGACGGCCGGUGAAGAACACGAAGAAGUUCGAGGAGGGCAUCUUCUCGGACCUUCGUAACCUCAAGGCCGGCACCGAUGCCUCCCUCGAAGAGCCCAAGAGCCCGUUCCUUGACUUCUUGUACAAGAACAACUGCAUCCGAACUCAGAAGAAACAAAAGGUCUUCUACUGGUAUAGCGUUCCUCAUGACCGUCUCUUCCUCGACGCUCUCGAGCGGGACUUGAAGCGUGAGAAGAUGGGCCAGGAGGCUACUACAGUCGCCGUCAACGAGCCCGCGCUCUCGUUCGAGUUCGACUCCUCACAGUCGCUCUACGAGCAGUUGACCAAGGCUCAGCAGGCAAACUCCUCCUCUUUCUCUGCCGCGCACGUCUCGUCUGCGUUCGCUUCUUCCUACUCGGCCUCGCCCAUGCCGCGAGCUACCGAUUCCAUGCCACCACCGCAGAUGGCUCCCCCUGCCAUCCCCGUCGUUCACGACGAGCAGCAGAACACAAUGUACCACGGCUCCGUCAGCAGCGAUCCGAUGGGCGGUCAGAUCGUCAAGACCGAGGCUGAUUACCCGCAGUUCCAAUACGACCGCAAUGGUGUUCCAGUCUCCAAGGUCCACCAGCGCCAUACCUCCAUGCCCACAUACAUGGAAUACUCGCCUGCUCCUUCGUUCGUAUCCUCUCAUUACGAUGAGUAUGCCAACCGUGGUAUUUCCUUUGAGCCUCUAACUCCCCCACAGCAUACUAUGCAUCUCACUUCAGAGCCGGCUUACAUUGCCAAUGAGGAUACCGGCCUCUACACUGCCAUCCCAGAUAUCGGAUCAGCCUCCUCCUUUAACCCAAUGAUGCAACUUCCCCCUUCUAACGUUGCCGCUCCUCACUACUCUACCGCUUCAAGAAGCUUUCCUUCUUCCAGCGUCUAUUCCGUCAUAGAAGGCUCACCGACAUACAAGCAGCGAAGACGCCGCUCGUCCAUCCCACCAAGCAUCACCAACGCUAUCACAGCAGCUACUAAUAACUUGCAUGUACAAUCGCAUUCCCAGGACAUGCAUCAGCCUCAAGUCCCGGUCCAGCCUCAUGCUGUCCACCGACCAAGCGACCUUCGUCGCUCCAUGUCUACCGCGAUUGAAGGCGAUGCUUCCCAUGAAGACUCGCCUCCGCGUGCCAUGUACUCUCAGGGCAGUGUUCACCACUCUCGCACUACCACUCCCCUGCCCAGCCUAGAAGAGAACACGCAGGUGUCUGUUCCCAUCUCCAUGGGUGAGACAACAACCGUAUCCUCAUUGUCGAAUAUGGAGACAAUUGAUGGCACCGACGCUAUGCACCUAAUGAACGGGCACCAGGGUGAUCGGCCCGGUCCCAUUCGUCGUGCCAGAAGCGCUACUAUGAUGGAGCUCGGCCCAUAUCCACAAAAGUCUCACUCCUGCCCCAUUCCCUCCUGUGGCCGCCUCUUCAAGCGUCUAGAGCAUCUCAAGCGGCAUCGCCGUGUCCAUGAGACGCAACAGUCUUCCAACACCGGCUCUCAGCCUCCAAGCUUCAAGGAGGAUGAGCAAGAAAAUGACCGCGAACAGUCAGUCGCAGUCUGCCAGCAUGAGCAACAACCACAGCAAUCACAACAAGUUCCAACUUCCAGUGCGAACUACCUCCCAACUACCGUCGUUAACAUGGCCAAUGUCACCUCCAUGCACUCGAUGGGCACCCAUUCCAAUCUACCAUCCAUGGUGGCCCCCCAGAUAAUCCAACCCCAAAUGGUCCAACCACAGAUGCUACAACAGCAGAUAUGA